UUAAUUUGCUGCGCUACUGCUUUGUUUAAAUAUGGCGGUAUACGAAGUAUUUGCUCAUCCUGAACUCAGGCGCUAUAAAACUCAUAUAUGUACAAAGGCUACGCUUUUGACAAUUUGUAUCUUAUUUCUUGUAUUCAUACCCCCUCUCUUUGUUGUUUACAGAAGUUAUGGAUUUUGGAAGAAAGAAGAAUACUACAGAGAAGUUCCUACUGUUCAUUUCAAGAAGCAAUUACUUGUAAUAUUCGAACUGGAACAGGAGGGUAGAUUCAUCACGUACAGUACAUAUCAAAGAUACAACCAGCUUCAGCAACAGAAUAUUAGAAUACCACUUAUUCAGUCAAGAGAGCCAGAUGAAAAUGGUGAUGGAAAAGCAGAUGGACUAGAAUUUAAACUAGAAAUGCCUUUUGUUGACUCAGAAAAAGUAGUUGGUGUGAAACUUCUUCUCUUUUUUGAAUAUACUCUGCAUAGAUUUUCUUCAUUUGGAAUGGAAUCCUUGGCAUAUGUAAACUAUGAAUCACCAAAAGCUGGAGCAAGACUUGAUGUUUAUGGAGAACUAAAUUUGAAACAGAAACAGCCUCUCAGACACAGAGGCUUAGACACAAGAUACAGUGGUUCUAUUAUUGAUACUACAAGUGUUUAUGCAGAGACCUAUGAUUUGGCAAACAUCUUUAAAAAGUAUACAGAGAGAAAUGUUACAACACAAUUGAAUGCGCCAUACACUGUGUGGAAAAGUGGGCGAGGAGCGGGACAGCCAUUCAUUAUCAACAGCAACAUCACUUACACAGAACAGAUGAUUCUAUAUUACCCAGGUUUUUGGUACAUGAUUAAGUGGGGCUGGGUGCAGUAUGUGUCCGUCCUCCUUAUUUUCUUGUAUGUGUUCGACAGGAUCAAGAUCUUCAUAUUUCAGAACCAGCUGGUGACAACUAUAGUGGAGAAGCCAUGGAAACGGGAGAAAAUGUCAUGAUGUACUUUAGGACAAGUAGUGCGAGACUGUAGCCAGUGUGAGACUGUAGGUAUAUGAAUUUAUGUACGGAAUGGAUGGAAACUAGACAGUAUGUUUAAAAAUGGCUAGAAAGACAUCUGAAAUUGUGAAACUUUGUCUGUGUGUUUAUAAGCACACAAACAUUAUGCUGCAGGAGUUUUACUGACUGAUAUGAUGAGAGACAUUUUGUAUGUUUUUUUUCCUGAUAUGCAGCUAUGUAUGAAUGUAUUAAACCGUGCAGAUUUUAACUUCUAUGCAAGUAUGUGAGAGAAUUAUGUAUUAACAUACAGUGUAGAUGAUUCCGAGUUAAAAAGGUUGUCGUCGUUACAAUAUGUGUAUGAUACUUAGUAUAGUUAUUCUAUUAGCUGUAUGUAUCAGCAAUGUGCGGUAUUUAUUUAUGGCAGGAUAUGAUCAUGAUUAAAACAUUCGUGUAUUUGUGUAGCAUUUCUAUAGAAGGAGAAUAUGUAUAUUUAUAUAGUUAAAUCAGCAUUUGAUAUAUGUUUUAUUAAAAAAAAAUAUCAAAAAUUUAAAUAAUACUGUAAACCAACUUUUAUUUGUGAUUUUAUUUCAAAUUUACCAGUGUUAAACUAGUUCACAGUGACAAAUUUACCAGUGUUAAACUAGUUCACGGUGACUAAUUUACCAGUGUUAAACUAGUUCACAGUGACUAAUUUACCAGUGUUAAACUAGUUCACAGUGACAAAUUUACCAGUGUUAAACUAGUUCACAGUGACUAAUUUUCAUGGCCGAGAUAAUCUCGAGCAAAUACGAGAGAUAUUAAAGGACUGGUUUGCGAAAUAUUCACGAGAAUGAGGUUCUUGUGAUCCCCACAAAAAGCUGGCCUGGUUUACAGUAUUUCAAUUUUCAGAUUAUCAUUUUUAUAUUUUAUGUUAUAUUUUUUUAAAUUGAAUGUGUACAAUAAAUUAUAUUAAAAUGGGGAAAAAA